CCACGGGUCCCUAGCCCCGAGGCAAGCACGAGAAAAAUCCGUGCUCACCGACGGCCGGAGGACGGGCAGUCGGUGUGCGCUUUGCGCUCCGCCGGGCCCCGAGGGCGGUCAGGUGCAAGGGGGCGGGAGCUAAAGGCCACGGGUUGCGGGGUCGGGGCGGGCCGGCCGGCGGGGCAUUUAAACCCCGGGGACUGCCCGCUUGGGACGCGUGCCCAGCUCUGCGUCCUUCUCUGCAUCGGCUUCGCUUCGGGUACCGCCGGGCAAGAUGCGGUCCUCCUUGGCACCGGGCAUCUGGCUCCUCCGCGCCUUCUCCAGGGACAGCUGGUACCGAGGCUUCAUCCUGCUGAUCACCUUCUUAAUCUACACUUGUUAUCACAUGUCCAGGAAGCCCAUCAGCGUCGUCAAGAGCCGUCUGCACCACAACUGCUCGGGGAUGAUCCAGCCCAUCAACGACACCCACAGUCUCAAUGACACCACGUGGUGCAACUGGGCCCCAUUCGAUCAGAGCAACUACAAGGAGUUACUGGGGGCAGUGGACAAUGCCUUCCUCGUGGCCUAUGCCAUCGGCAUGUUUAUCAGUGGCAUUUUUGGGGAGCGGCUCCCCCUCCGUUACUACCUUACAGCUGGAAUGCUGCUCAGCGGCCUGUUCACCUCGCUCCUUGGCCUGGCGUAUUUCUGGAACAUCCAUGUGCUCUGGUACUUUGUGCUCAUCCAGAUCUGCAAUGGACUCGUCCAGACCACGGGCUGGCCCUCCGUGGUGACCUGCGUGGGCAACUGGUUCGGGAAGGGGAAGCGGGGGCUCAUCAUGGGCGUCUGGAAUUCCCACACAUCCGUGGGCAACAUCCUGGGCUCGCUGCUCGCCGGCAUCUGGGUGGAUGGGCAGUGGGGCCUGUCCUUCGUGGUGCCCGGCAUCCUCACCGCCAUCAUGGGCCUCAUCACCUUCUUCUUCCUCAUCGAAUACCCAGAAGACGUGGACUGCUCCCCACCUCAGCACCACAGUGAGCCGGAAGAGAACCAGGAUAACCCUGAGGACCCGGGGAACAGACCCCACUCUAACAGAGAGAGCAGCCAGGAGUCUGGUGCUGCCUGCCCCAAGGAGCCAAGAGCUCAGCCUGCUGCCAUCAGCUUCUUUGGGGCACUCCGGAUCCCGGGCGUGGUCGAGUUCUCCUUGUGUCUGCUCUUUGCCAAACUGGUCAGUUACACCUUCCUCUACUGGCUGCCUCUGUACAUCUUCAAUGUGGUUCACUUUAGUGCCAAGGAGGCUGGGGACCUGUCCACGCUUUUCGAUGUUGGUGGCAUUGUAGGCGGCAUCCUGGCGGGGCUCGUCUCUGACUACAUCAAUGGCAGGGCCACCACCUGCUGCGUCAUGCUGAUCUUGGCUGCCCCCAUGAUGUUCCUGUACAACUACGUUGGCCAGAGCGGGCUCAGCAUCUCCAUAGUGAUGCUGCUCAUCUGCGGAGCCCUGGUCAACGGUCCUUAUGCGCUUAUCACCACUGCUGUCUCGGCUGACCUGGGGACUCACAAGAGCCUGAAGGGCAACGCAAAGGCACUGUCCACCGUCACGGCCAUCAUCGAUGGCACUGGAUCCAUAGGUGCGGCUCUGGGACCUCUGCUGGCUGGGCUCAUUUCCCCCACAGGCUGGAACAAUGUCUUCUACAUGCUCAUCACUGCCGACAUCCUGGCCUGCUUGUUCCUCUGCCGGUUGGUGUACAAAGAGAUCCUGGCCUGGAAGUCAUCCCUGAGCAGAGACGGAGGGUAUAAAGAAAUGUGAGGAUCCGAUCAGAACAGAAACUUGGAGGGCCCUCCCUGGGUCCCAAAGUGCCCCCCCACAGAUGGCUGAGGCAAAGCCUUUCGACCUGACACCAGCCAGCCCAGCCCACGAGGCUUCCACGGGCUAGGAGACUCUCCAUGGGAAGGGGACAGCCAAGCUUGAGGACAUGGAAGACUCAAGGGCCUUGUUGGAGGACGGAGGGGAUGCAAAGUGCCCAAUGAACUGAGAAGGCACCUUGAGACCCAAAAACGAGGCAGGCAGCUCCAUGUGAUCAAUGGAUCGGUGUAUUAUAGGGUCACUUACUCAUAGAGUGGGGUCGGGAUCAGGUAGACGCAAUCUGGGAGCACUCCACACCGCCGAGGGGUCAUCGGGACAAUUUUAUAGUUAACCUGGGGCAGGGGGGGCAGGUGCUUGGAAACUGGACAUGCAUUCCUAAGUUAAGAUUUAUGAAUGGGUAGCUAGUCUCGUGGGUGCCGGGAAUACGUCAGGGGAGGUUUUCAUCAUUGUUUAGGGACUAACAGAGCAUAGAGGCUGCUUGGUCCUAAUGAUUAUUAAACAAUAUCUAUUAACUACAAAGUCCUUGGUGACAGAGAAGUGAUUCACUGCAACAGCGCAGUCCUGGGUAGGGUGAGUGGAAGGAGAGGAGAAACUGUGAGGGCCUGGAAGGUGUCCGUUGCGCUGACGGCGACACAGACCUGAGCUCUGGAGGCCGCAAGUGGAAGGGAUCAGGGCUGAGGGGUGAGUGUAUCCUGGUACAAGAAGGAAUGUGCUCAGACUCUUGCUUCUUCAGAUUCCAAGACAGAAGGCAGAGGUUCAGUGGGGCCAAGGCCUGGAAAACGUGUGUCUCUCCUCACAUUAAACCUGAACCUCUGUAAGCAGCCUGUACCUAAAAGUGGCUGUUUCAGAGCCACCUGGCCUCUCUUUGUCCCUCUGUCCACAAGCCAGUUUUCUCCAUGUGUUCCCUGACGUUGGCACCCCUCCUUCUACCCUCCGUUUGAUCCUGUUUCUAACUCCAGACCCAUUCUGAUAAAAGCAUUAUGCUGUAUCCUCCAGGGCAGGGCUAGGGAGAGGUGGGGGUGCGUCACUCCCGGACGCGGCCGCCCCUGACCGUGAGGGCGCUUGCCUCCCUCUCAUCCCACCCCUCAGUGUCCCCGGGGACGAUGGCUCAUCAGGGCAGCGCUGUGGGGGAAGGGUGGGGUGUGGGGGGGGGCAUGACCAAAAGUACCAAUAUGUUAUUAAAUAUUUUGAUAAUGAAAUGCCAGUGGUUACCGAGUGUUCACUGCCAGCUCUGCUGUGGGAAUGGAGUAGAUAGUGGACGCAGAAAAAGGACUGACAUCCCGAGCACCGACGCCAGGGUGACUAGACUAGCAAGGGAGGAAGGCGCUGCUGGCUUUGUUCGGGCCGCUGCACACGUGCGGUCCGCAGCUCCCUGCAGCUGGCCUCUUCUCCCCCGUGUUCUGGCUGCCCCAGAC